AUACAGCUCAAAGGCUGCCCAUAUGUGCCUGCUUGGAACAUAUGACUGGACCACACUGCACAAAGAAUAUUCCCAAGAACAGCAGCUGCACUUCCUCAGAUGCUCACUCAACCAGUUGUCCUCACAUCUUUACUGAGCUCCAACCACUGAUGUCGAACUCUGACCUUUCAUCCGAGUAUGGCCACUCACUCGAUAAGAAAAGUGAGGGCCAAGAGGUGCCUGGAGCACCGACAUGUCGGCGGAGAGUUAAGACCUCUUUUCUCAAAGGAGUGUCCUACAUCUCAGGAGACAUGGAGGUGUUUGGGAAAUGGAUGGAAAAGCAGUUUUUCUUGCUGCAGCUGCUGGACUGGGUUCUGCGUGGAGCAGCUCAGGCGAUGUUUGUCAACAACCCUCUGAGCGGACUCAUCAUUUUUGGAGGUCUCAUUCUGCAGAACUACUGGUGGGCUCUGAAUGGUUUUAUUGGGACGCUCUUUGCAAAUAUUUCUGCUCUCAUCCUACAACAAAACAGAGGGGCAAUAGCUGCAGGGCUGUAUGGUUACAACGGGAUUCUGGUGGGUAUGCUGAUGGCCGUGUUCUCCACAGCAGGCGACUGGUACUGGUGGCUGCUGCUGCCUAACAUCUUCAUGUCCAUGAUGUGCCCAGUUGUGUCCAGUGCUCUUGCAUCUAUCAACAGCCGCUGGGACCUGCCAGUGUUCACUCUGCCCUUCAACAUCCUGGUGUGUGUCCACAUGGUCGCCACCGGACACUACAACCACUACUUCCCCCAGGUCCUCAUCCAACCUCCCUCAGAGCUCCCUAACAUCUCCUGGGCUGACAUUGAUGUAGCAAAGCUGUUUAGGUCCGUGCCUGUGGGAAUAGGCCAGGUUUACGGCUGUGACAAUCCCUGGACAGGAGGGAUGUUCAUCAUCUCCCUCUUCAUCUCCUCUCCCAUCACAUGCAUUCAUGCUGUUGUGGGAUCUGCAGUGGGUAUGGUGUCAGGUUUGGCUUUAGCAGCUCCGUUUGAAAACAUUUACAACGGUAUUUGGGGAUACAACAGCGCGUUGGCCUGCGUAGCUGUUGGAGGAAUGUUCUACGCACUCACCUGGCAGGUGCAUCUGCUCGCCAUCACUUGUGCUUUCUUCUCUGCAUACCUUGGCUCAGCCAUUGCCAACAUCAUGUCCAGGUUUGGUCUACCAGCAUGCACUUGGCCUUUCUGCCUCUCUACCCUCAUCUUCCUCCUCCUAACCACGGGUACCAAAAGGAUUUUCAAGCUGCCACUGGCUGAAGUCACCUACCCUGAGAAAAACUUGGCUUUCUACUGGAAGCUGAAGAAGCAGGAGAAAGCAGAAAAGGACAAAAAGAAGCAGAAAGACAGAGAGGAGCAGCAGAAAGCCAUCCAGGAGGAAAUUCAACGAAAUGAGAAAGAGCUACUGAGAAUAGAGCUUCAAAGAAUGGAACAGGAUAAAAAUAAAGACAGUCAAGUGGAGGUCAAAGUGCCUGAGGAGGAGUCACAGGUGUGUGAAGAUGGAGGAAAUGGGAGAAAUGGUUUGACUGAGGUCAUUCUUGCUAAAUAAUUUCAAUUGUGUAUUCCUAAAGACAUUAUAAUUUUAUUUUUCAUUCAUCUAAAGAGUUCUAACUGUUUGAGUGUCAAGUAAUAAAAACAAACCUGCAAAAACUUCA